GACGUACUGAGCAUGCGCGGGAUGCAGAUCGUAAAGGCGCGUUGCACGCUCUUUUUUUAUUUUUAUUUCGUCACCUCAACUUUCCUGUCCCAUCCAGGCCUUAAAUAGAAGAGGGCGAGGCUGUCAGUCCCCACUGUCUCAAGUGUUCUGUCCUAAACAAGUUUCGGGUUUCAUUCGAGUCCUACGGGGAUUUUCUGAUUACGCGGUAUUUGUGGAGUUUGUUGGAGUUGUUUUUUUUUUUCUUCAAUGAGUUUUUAAUCUUUUAGAGUUUUAUUUUCUCCAAGACUCUAGCAAAGUUGUCGUUGAAAAGAAGCAGCUUGGUGAUCCGAUCAGACUCUUAUGACAUCAGACGCAAUUUCCUUCAAUUAUAUUUCAACGAUGCUUAUUAUUUAUCAAGGGUGUGAUAUCUAGAAUUAACACAUUUGUUUGAAGACUUCUAAAGUGUGCACUAAAUGAGAAUAAACAACAGUAGCCAAAGACAGCGACAUCACUGAAAGCCAAACGUUACUCGUCAUUUGAAUUUAAGUUUCCGAAUCGGACGUAUCUGUGAGGAAGAUUGAUGUAGACUGAGGUAGAUUGGUGUAGAUUGAGGUAGAGUGUUGUAGAGUGAGGUAGACUGGUGUAGAGUGAGGUAGACUGGUGUAAAUUCAGUCAGAUUGGUGUAGAUUCAGUCAGAUUGGUGUAGAUUCAAUCCGAUUGUCGAAGAGAAUUUCCCACUGGUUUAUAAAAUAUUUUUUCAACUCGUUUCAUUUCUGGAGAUGAAUAUUUUAUUAUCGCUUGUCCUGCUAUGCUGCAUGCUGAUGUCGGUCCAAGCUGUAGGGGGUGACUAUGUCAAUGAUCAGUGGCUAACGAGUAAGUAUGUUUCAUACAAAAAAACUUGGGCAAUAAGUAAAACCUUUUUUCAUUUCUCGUCACUAUCAACGACGGUGUAAAUGUAGAUGGGUGGAACGACAGUAAAAAUGAGGUUCCUAAAUUUAAGACCAAAAGAAAUAAGAAUUUAUAGUAUCAUACUGUUACGCACUGCCUUCUAGUGUGAGAAUUUAAUCUCCUAUUUUAAAUGCAUACCUCGUUCAAACAGUGCCUAACAAAGGACGAUACCAUUGAAGGACGAUACCAUUGAAGGACGAUACCAUUGAAGGACGAUACCAUUGAAGGACGAUACCAUUGAAGGACGAUACCAUUGAGAAAUACAAUAACAAAAAUAUGACACGCAAAACAGUACCAAUAACAAUUAAAAAGAUUUAAUUUAGUAAUAAUACAAUUACAAAACAAAAGAAAUAUAAUAACAAAUCAUCAACUUACAGUAUGGUAGAUCUUUUUCCGGUACACAAUUAGUACAAUAUGUCAAUUAAUAAUGAUAAAUGAUGAAUGCGAAUAAACACAUAUGAGCACACAAAGUAUAAUACAAUUGUAUCGUAAAGUUAAUAAUAUCUCUCUGAAUCUCUCUCUCCGUGUCUGUCAAUCCCAUUAUAUAUGCAGCGUAAGCACUGCCUUCCAGAAACUACUCAGCAUUUAUUUACGUUUCUAGAACAAAUCGCAAUCAUUAGACAAGAUACAUGGAGACAUAAUAACCAUGUUUAAUUGGUGGUCGGUAGUAAACACUAUACAUCAAAGAGAUAAGCCACGCCCAUCUAUGAUCGUAGCCGUGUGCAAGGAAUCUUAUUAGGGUCAAGCAAAGUUCACGCACGGGACAAAGUGUCAUACAUAACAAUACCAUGUUUUAGAAACGUAACCAAGAGAUAAUGUGAUACAAUUUUUUUUUUUUUUUUUUUUUUUUUUUUUUUAAGCAAAAACAAACUCCCCCCCUUGAAUUCAAGAAAUAAAAUUGAUUCAUUCUUAAGAUGUAUCCACUUUCAAAUGUCCCAUAAUGUCACACAUAAUGUUGAGUUUUCUGGAUUUUUUUUUUCUUUAAUAAAAAUCUCCGAAAAUCCACGCAAGUUAUUUUUGUUUUUAAAAUUUGACUAAAUUAGCGGUGGUCUCAAACAUUUAUCUGACGGCCACACAAUUCAGAGGAUAAAGUUGAACACAGUGUUAUAUGGUUUUUUGUUUCUCUUUCGGGCUUUCCAGCAUAUAUUAUAGCGGUUCUCAAACAGCAUUACGAAUCAAAAGUCAAGAAAAGGUUCUGUACUGUUUCCUUUUUUACGCUCGAAAGAAAAAAGAAUAUAUUAUUAUUUAAUAUUCCAGCAUUUUUUUUUUAUGUGUCCUAGUAUCAUUUCGUUUAUUUUAAAACAAUCCAAUUUAUUAAAUCCAAUAAAGAGCAUUCCAUGUAAAGUAAACAGAAAUAUUUUAAGGAGCAGUAUCUGUAAAAAGAAAAAAAAAAGUGAAUUAUUAGGUACAUGGCACGGACAAAUAAGUUAAACAAAAUACUGAAUUAUCGUUGUAAUUUUGUGUUUAUUAAUUAUAACCCGUAUUAAAAUUAUAUAAUUGCCCCAAUUAGUAAUCUGAGCACCCGCUAUAUAUAUGAAUGAUCCCAGAGUCUCUUGCUAAACCAAAGCCUGCCAAAAACACUGUCCUAAAACAUAAGUUAUCAAUAUUUAGGAACAGAACAUAAGAAGUGUUGAUGAAGCAGUGUACGCUCUCAGUGUUAACACUAUAAUGUUUAAAAGUAGCGAGGCUCUAGAACUCAUUAGUCUCCAUUAUUUGCUCUCUUUUUUUUGUGUGUGUUAGUAAAAAUGUACAAAGAAAUUGCAGCCUGAAAGAUUCAAAAGUUAAGAGGGGAAAAAAGCGAUUUUCGUUUUUUAAUUUGUAUAAUAAUUUUUUGUUAUUUGUUGGAUGUUUGGUCUGGCAUUGGUAAUAUAUUCAUUUAAUUAAAGUUGAAUCGCUGAUUGAUAGCGCUUUCUUAAAUUCGGUUUAUUUUUUUAAAAAUGGUAUUUAACACUGCAAUGAUAUUCAUGAUGUUUUUUUUUCAGCCAAAAUUGAAACACAUUACUGGGACAGCCUAGAUAUUAAGACGUUGGUUUGUGCAGCGCAACCUGAAAGAAAAGUGGAAAUUUUGUACAAACGAUCUUCAAAAUCAAUCGAAAAGUUUGCAAUUGCAAAUGGAGAUCAGAAUGAUUGUCAACUAAGCACGUCAAUAAAUAAUAAUUCUCGUGUAGCAUGUUGGCGCAGCUCCGACGGCGAUGUCUAUUUCAAGGUUGUGCGAAUAAGUCCAGAGGACCUCUAUAUCUGCCAGAUUGACGAUGAUCACGAAGUCAUAUUGAUUUCGGUUAAAGGUAAGGUCACAUUCAUUAUUUUCUUCAUUCAGAUGGAGCUAUCAAUUAGGACUUAAUUGCUAUAUCGUUUUAACGUUUAUUUAUAGGUUUAUUUAUAUUAAAUAUAUAUAUAAACAAUAAUGAUGGCAAUUAUUGACUUGUGCGAGCGAUCAAUUCUUAUUUGCAGAGAGCAGAUGGUGGCGAUGAAUGAUGCAAUAAAAAGUAAUAAUGACGUUUGGCAUUUUUUUGGACAAAAAAAAACACAAGAAAAUCAUGGUAUCCACCGGCAAUUUUGCCUCUAAGCUUUGCUGAUUCUUGUGCAAAAAUCAUACAGUUGUGUGCAAAGUUUUACAGCUUCAGGUUUUUUUUUUUGUGUGCAACAUUUUACAGCCCACAAACACAAACACACACUUACAUAGAAAUUUGCUGCGCGUAUACUCAAAACUGCUGCGCGGCGUCUCUGAGUGAUCCGCGCAGCUUACGGGCACAUUGUCCACCGGUUGUUUUCUUAACUGAUCCAGCGGUCAAUAAGGUUAAACUCAAAGACAGCGGCGCUAAAUACUAUACCUUGUCAGAUUACUUGAUAAAACUUGCUUUUAUUUACAAUCUACAUUAAUAAAAAGAAAUGGUGUAAACUAAACGACAUUCGUGUAUAGAUCUUAUUAAAGUAUAAAAUUACAAACCAACACUCUGUAUACGCAAUAAUAAUCUUUUUAAUUCUCAAAGGAAUAAUAUAAAAAGUGUUAAAAAGGGGGGCGGGGAUAUCUUUAGCGGACGCCAAAUGUUUAUAAAUGGGCUGUUACGAAAUUUUAUCAGUAUAGGGGAAUUAUUAUUUUUAUAUGGCUCGUUGACUAACAGUCCACAUCAAAAGGACGAUACCAUAAAUUAGAUCAUAUAUAUAUAGAGCCUAUAUGUAAGCGUGAAAUUGUGUGUGUUUGUGGUUUUGUAUGUUUGUUCUACAUAGGCUUUUACAUGGAUGGAUGGAUCUUGAUCAAACUUGGCACAUAUAUACAUCAUUAUCCGGAAGGAAAUCUAAAGGGAUUAUGAACUUCUAAAAAAAAAAAAUCUUUUAUAAGUCACUGCAUUGGUCGUUGCGUCACUUGAGAUUCUCCCCCCCCUCCCACGUGACUUUAAAUCUUUCGCAACAUCUCUGGUACACAAUGUUGUCAUAACUUCCCCCGACGUUUGAGCGGACAUCAACCUAACCACUGCUAUCAUAUAACGUUCGUAAUGGACUCGUCACGAUGUUGUCAGCUACGCUACAACUGUUGGUCAGUUGGUCAGUUUCCGUGUUGUGGAAUGCCCCCCACCCCUGUACCCCACAGGUUGACUACCAAGGUCUGAACACUCUGGUCUGGGUUCGGGCACAUUAUGGUCUUCACUAUAACGUAUCUAAAUGUGCCCUAAUUUAAAAAGAAAUAUGAUGGGUAAGGGAGUAGAGGUGGGGGUAGUGGGUGGUGGGUAGUUGGAUAGGGUGUAGUGACGUAAUGAAGGAAUGGGUAGUCAGUAGUUGGGUAAUGGGGAGUGGGAUAAUGGAUAGUGGGGUAGUGGGGUCGAAGGCAAAGAGGUAAUUUGUAGUGGGGUAUGUGAUAGUGGAUAGUAGGUAGUGGGGGUAGUGAGCUGUGGGGUAGAGAAUUCCUUGGCAACAACUAUUUUUACUAGCUGACCCCACCCCCCACACACAUACACAUGUUACAUACCCUGGAAUACCGUAUUGUACGAUUUUGAGACGCUAUUUGACCAUUCUAGGUUUUCGAGGUUAAACAGGUCUGUAAUAAACAAGAAAAUCUAGAUAUAAUAAUUUUCAAAUUGAAAAUGUUAGAUUAACGUGUAAACAGCCAGGAGUUCUCUUCGAGUGUGAAGAUCUCCUAGUAUUCUAAACAUAAUUUUUACAUUGUAUUUCAAAAUUUCGCUUUUAAUCCGUUUUAUGACAUUUAUCGACUGUAGUUGUCGUACAAUGCUUGUCUCUUCUCGACUCCCGUGAAAUUAUAUUUAUUUAAUUCAUCUGCCUGUUCCAUUGUUAUUUAAGAUCCAGAUGUCAACACAGCCCCAAGCACAAACCUUACCUCACCUUCCACCGCAACGCCUACCGCACCACCCAAUACACCCCGAACGACGACGAAAGGCGUGGACGCUGAACAGGCGGCGGCCGUUGUAGCUUACCAGGCUGCCACCAUUGCCCUUGCCGCCAUCCCUGGUGUCAUUGGCAUCGUUACGGUGGUGAAAGCCGCCCUCUGGAUCAGCGCGAACGGUUUGUGAAAUUUUAGUUUUUUUGUUUUUAAUCUGGUUUUUUGUGGAGGGACAAAUAAAAUCACGUGACACUUACUAUAGGCCUAAAGCGAAUGUCGGACCAUAAAUUGUUAUCUGUAAAUUUAAAAAAAUAAAUAGAAGCGUUUGUAGUGAGUAGUGGCCUAAAAUAAAUAUUAUAAGGAAGGAAGGACAGCCAGAAACGAUCAUUGUGCCCAUGGGGGGCUCAUACUGUAAAGGCAGGUCACAUAUGGGAGGGCCAUGAAACGAGACGCCACAAUGGUAAGGAUGUCCUCUGGUAACGGGCUGUACGUUGGAUAUGUCACUUGGGGGAAGUGGAUCUUUUGUGAUGGAACACUUGGGAGAAAGUAAUACUUUUUUGACUGAGAGGGAUUGGAACUUUUGUGGACAAACGUUGGGAUGAAUUUGAACUUUUGUCAUGGGAAGUGAAACUUUUGUCAUGGGAAGUGAAACUUUUGUUAUGGGAAGUGAAACUUUUGUCAUGGGAAGUGAAACUUUUGUCAUGGGAAGUGAAACUUUUGUCAUGGGAAGUGAAACUUUUGUCAUGGGAAGUGAAACUUUUGUCAUGGGAAGUGAAACUUUUGUCACGGGAAGUGAAACUUUUGUCAUGGGAAGUGAAACUUUUGUCAUGGGAAGUGAAACUUUUGUCAUGGGAAGUGAAACUUUUGUCAUGGGAAGUGAAACUUUUGUCAUGGGAAGUGAAACUUUUGUCAUGGGAAGUGAAACUUUUGUCAUGGGAAGUGAAACUUUUGUCAUGGGAAGUGAAACUUUUGUCAUGGGAAGUGAAACUUUUGUCAUGGGAAGUGAAACUUUUGUCAUGGGAAGUGAAACUUUUGUCAUGGGAAGUGAAACUUUUGUUAAGCAACAUGGGCAAGAAGCGGACCUUUCGUGACUGAACAUUGGGAGGAAGUUGACCUUUUCUCAAGAAACAUUGGAAGGAAUUUCAACGUUUGUGAAGCACCAUUGGGAAGAAGUGGAAAUUUUGUGACGGAAAAUUGAGAGGAUGUGUAACUUUAGUGACGGAAUAUUGGGAGGAAGUCGAAAUUUCGUGAAGGACAAUUUGGAGGAAGUCAAACUUUUGAGAAGCAACAUUAGGAGGAAGUAGAAUUUUUGUGAAGAAUCAUUCAGAGGAAUUGGAAUUUUUGUGAAAGAACAUUGGGAGGAAGUGUAACUUUAUGACGUAGCCUGUGCAUUGAUUGGUUUGUAAGAAGAAGAACACUUAAGACAGGUCAUUCAGCCUGGGCAUUGAUUGGUUUGAAAGAAGAAGUACGCUUAAGACAGGUCGUUCAACGUGGGCUUGGAUUGAAAUGCACUUUAAAGACAGGGCACUUGAAAGGGUUGGCACUCUUAGGAUGGGUCAUGAAGAUGGGAAAUUCCAACUCGAUUAAAUUUUACUUUUUGUAAAAGGUCACAUGGACGAAGUUACACUUUUAUGAUCGGUAGUGUGGAUAAAGUGCCACUUCUGUGUUAAGUCACGUGGAUGAUGUGACACUUUUGUGGAAGUUCACGUUGUUGACCAGGAACAUGCGGAAAGGAGUCUAAAGGGGGGGGGGGGAGAAGGAUAGCUUUGACAAAAUGUUCAUCUUUGAAUGGACGCAUUGGCCUUGAAAUCGUUAAAAUUAAAAGACUAAUACAUUUAAUGUAACUUCCCAUGACUUAUUUCAUAUAUCAAACUUUACCAAAAGUAUACGGCAUUUAUUGGACACAUAAUGUAUGUUAAUGAUUGAAAGGAAAAAUCGAUAAAGCCAUGAGUUUUUUUUUUAUAGGUUACUAUACAUCAAAAUAGAAAAAAAUAUACAAGAAUAUGAAAGAUAACCAUAUAAACGCUUAAAAAGCGAAACAGUUUAAAUACUUUCGGAAUCUUUAAACAAUUAUUAGAAUUGAGACCUUCAUAUAUAUAUAUAUGUGUGUGUGUGUGUGUGUUUAGUAUUUAUAUUAUAUAUUAGAAAUACAUUUAAAAUAACAAUUUAUGUUUUCAUUAUUAUGCUUUAUUUUUUAACAUGCUUUUUUUCAUAUUUUUUACAACUAUAUAGGGCUACCAAAGUGUUCUGCUGAGUGCGUAAUGCAAUGCCUGGGAUGGCUUUCAUGCUUUCGAAAGAGAGUGGUGAUUAAGUGAGUAUUCAUCUAAUUUACUUAUAAAGUUAACAUAUGAUGACAAAACGGGCAAAUAAUUUUUUUCUGGCAGUAGAUCGACGGAUUCAAGGAUACGGUUAAUGUACACAACAUAUUACCUCAGAAUCACUCACAACUUGAAUAAAAUCGCCAACUCUAUAGUCAAUCUUACCUGUAAUCACUCAAAAUGCAAUGCUGGCCGUAAUGUGUAUGAAAAACUUUUUCGGGCUGUAAGAAAAUAGGACAGGAGGCAAAUCUAGUAACAAAAUAAAAAAUUUUUUUUAAAAAUUCGUUGCUUAGCAGGCCGCAAAGUGGGUGCUGGCCAGGUUUGGGGAGCUAAACAUUACUCCCCCGUUGCCACCUGUGUUACGACUUUACUUUACUAACUUGAGACCUUCAUCAAAUGGCUCGGCCUUCUUACGUUGUCUAGGGUGUAUGGAUUGAGACCUUCAUCAAAUGGCUCGGCCUUCUUACGUUGUCUAGGGUGUGUGGAUUGAGACCUUCAUCAAAUGGCUCGGCCUUCUUACGUUGUCUAGGGUGUGUGGAUUGAGACCUUCAUCAAACGGCUCGGCCUUCUUACGUUGUCUAGGGUGUAUGAAUCUCUCUCUCACAUAAGACACAACGUGAGGAGCUUCCCAUUUACACAUGCAUUUUAUAUCUAUGAUUACAAGAAAUGACUUGAGGAGUUUCCCAUUUACACAUGCAUUUCAUAUCUAUGACUACAAGAAACGACAUGAGAAGCUUACCAUUUACACAUGCAUUUCAUAUCUAUGAUUACAAGAAACGACGUGAGGAGUUUCCCAUUUACACAUGCAUUUCAUAUCUAUGACUACAAGAAACGACAUGAGAAGCUUUCUAUUUACACAUGAUUUCAUAUCUAUGACUACAAGAAACGACGUGAGGAGCUUCCCAUUUACAUGCAUUUCAUAUCUAUUACUACAAGAAAUGACACGAGGAGCUUCCCAUUUACACAUGCAUUUCAUAUCUAUGACUACAAGAAACGAUAUGAGGAGCUUCCCAUUUACACAUGCAUUUCAUAUUUAUGAUUACAAGAAACGACUUGAGGAGUUUCCCAUUUACACAUGCAUUUCAUAUCUAUGACUACAAGAAACGAUCUCUACACUAAUGAAAUCGUUUUUUAACCCUUUGACCGGAGAGCGGAGAUUGCUUUCGUGCACCGUACUUUAUAAUAGGGUCUCAUCUUCAUCUUUGUCAGCCCCAUCGUUCUUCUAUUUGUUUUUCUUCUCUUGUAGUUGUCCUGACAAGUUCUCUGUUAAUGUCACCAUAGUCGACAUGUUUCCGGACUCCUUUCUUGAUCGUUUAAUCAAAAUUGGGUAUUGCAACUUUCGAAGCGGUUGUUCGACUGAAGGCAGGAGAUUUUCUCAAAUGUCAUUCUAUUUUAUUGACCUACAAAAAGCAUUUUGAUAUGGUCAGUUGGAACAGGCCGUUCUUCAAACUUUGGAGAAAUUGACUUCUUCAUUUGACAGCUUUAUGUCGUCAUCACAUGAUUUGAGGACAUAAGCUACAAUGUUAACAUGGAAGAAAUUCAUAAACAACAGAUGUGUCAAACAAGUGUUCUGUUACAUGUCUUUCUCCCGCCCUCACCCAUACAAAAUAAAAUAAAUAAUUGGCACACAAGGAAUGUCCAAACAGCAUAACCUGUGGUGAUUAGUUGAACAACAGAAAUGUUCAAACUGCAUAAUCUAUGAUGAUUAGUUUAACAACAGAAAUGUCCCAACAGCAGAACUUUUGAUGAUUUGUUGAACAACCAAAAUAUCCAAGCAGCAGAAAAUUAGAGAAAUUCUGUCGAUAAUAAAUUAAUGGUUUCAGGACAACCUCACAUUCCAGUGUCACUGACGCAUUUGCUCUAUGUCGUGCCACUGACGCAAUUUCUUGAACAAUAGGAAUGUCCCAACAGCAGAACUUUUGAUGAUUUGUUGAACAAAAGAAAUGUGCAAGCAGCACAAAUUAGGUUGAUAAGUUAAACAGCAGUAAGGCCCAUGCAGGAGAAAUUCUGUCGAUAAUAAAUUAAUGGUUUCAGAACAACCUCACAUUCCAGUGAUGAGAAAACUGGACGUCUGCUAGCCUACUUGUUCAGUAACGUCAAUGGUGCUUGGCAUACAUCACGGGGGGGAUAAGACUCGUUAGCCUAGGUUGGCAACUCAUCUAAGUGAUUGUAGUCUCUGUGAUCGAACCCACAUACGCGGACUGUAUGAGUUAGUUUUGGUUUGGCAACUCAUCUACAUGAUUUUUGUCUCUGUCAUCAAAACCGGAGAUGCAGUCCCGUAGGGAUUAUGAUAUUGAAAAAAUGAUAUUUCCGAAACUGUUUCGACGGGAAACGCAUAAAAAGCACAGUAAGAUUCAAGAAACACUGCUGGUCGUCUACUGCAUUCAUGACGAUUUCGGUCGUCUGAACCAAGUCUUUCCAUCUGAUAAAAAAUAUGAAAAAAUUAUUCCAUAGAGAAUGUUAAUAUUUUUUGGGAUAUAUUUAUGAGAUGGCUGAUAAUUAUUGGCCUGUGUAUGCAAGUCAUUUAAAUGUAACAAAUAUGUUGUUUUUUUUCCCUUUAGCAUUGAACUUAACACCGACAAGCAACAGGAGGACGUGAACAAAGCAAAGGAUCGAACGGUUGAUGUAGAUGCCGUGGAGAGCAUCAACGAAAUUUUGGAAACAUAUAAUUUUUGAAAUAUGUUUAAAAAAAGCAAAAAUGUACAAACUUGCCAAACCAUCACAAGUCUCUUGUGUUUAAUAGUAACUGUUUAGUUCAAAAAUUUAAUAAAUUAUUUUAGAUAAAUUACUCCAU